AUGGAUCCGAGUCGUGACGGUUUGAACAGCCCGAAAUGGUUUUAUCAGGGAGAAGAUCGUCGCGUUUAUGGUCCAUAUUCAUCUGUGGAAAUGCAGAAAUGGUGCAAAACGGGUUAUUUCACAGAUGCGAUGCUUAUUCGUACGAAGAACGAAGACCGCUUUCAUACGCUUGCGGAAUGGACACGUUACAGUAACGGACAAAGUCCUUUUUUGCUUCUGGUCAAUUCAUUCGAUCAAUUGAUCAGCAUGAAUAUGCAGAUGCAAAUGUCCCAGUUAAUCCUGACUCCCGGUCGUGCUCCAGUGUCCAAUGGUCCUUAUCUUAUGGUAUCCCAAGCUGCAGCUGUUGCAGCGUCCAGCCCUGUCCCUGGUUUCCCACCAGCACCUGGUUUCAUUGCUUAUCAUCAGAAUCCAUUAGUGGUUGCUCCUCCAGUAUCGUCCUUUGCACCGCACCAAGCUUUUUCACAACCCCCCAGUGAACCUAUUGAUGAGGUGCCAUCGAGUGCAAGUAAUACACCAGAUGAUAGCGAUGCAGGCUGGAAUAUGAAUACAGUGCAGAAUGCGACUCUCCUGACAAUUCAAGAAAAAUCUACCGACACAUAUGAUGCAUCGUGGAAUUUAGCGCGUGAUAUUGGUACUAAUCCGGAGAAUUCAGGGUGCUGUGAUGCCUCCACUCAAACCAAUCCAGGAAAAAUUUCGGCAGAACAAGCUGUUCGACUUCUUUCCGAGUUGAUCGGUAUUCAGUUGGAGAUUGAAAGUUGA